AGCGAUGGGACUGAUGGAGACCCCACCACACUACGCUUUUUACGCAGAGGAGAUGAGCGCGCGGAUAGCGAAAUCCAACCCGGCCAUGAAACUCUUAGUGCUCUUCUCAGCCUCUUUCUCCUGGGCCUUCCAGCAUCACGCGGCGCCGCCACAGUACCAGUAUCGCGACCCCGUGACUUCUGACCUCCUGCUGUGUGACCAGUGCCCCCCUGGCACGGCCCUGAAGCGUCACUGCACUGCCGACACCCCCACGGAGUGCCAGCCCUGUCCCGAGAGACACUUUGCUGAGAACUGGCACUGGGGGGACACGUGCCAAUACUGCACCUCGGUGUGCAAGGAGCGCCAACUAGUGAAGCAACAAUGCAAUAGCACCCAUGACCAGCUGUGUGAGUGUGCCCCGGGCUUCCACCUUGUGGUGGAGUUCUGUAUCACACACACCGCCUGCCCGCCCGGCUAUGGAGUGACAGCUUUAGGUACACCAGUGAGUGACACGGUGUGCGAGCCGUGUCCCGAUGGCUAUUUCUCCGCGGGCGGCUCGUCCGCCGAGCCGUGCCAGCCCCACAGGAGCUGCUCGGACUCCAAGACCCUGAGAUACGGCACCUCCACCUCCGACGCCGUCUGUGACAGACCUCACAAGAAGCUGGACUGCUCUCAGCAUCACACCCUGUGCCACACUGACGUGACUCUGUGUGAGGAGGCGGUCUUCCAGUCUCUGGCCUCGCUGCAGCUGUCCUCGGUGCCGCUGGAGAGGCUUCUGGAGAGUCUUCCCGGGCGGAGGGUGGAUCGGAAGAGCCUGGAGAGGCUGAAGAAGUCCUGCACUCCUCAGCAGCAGGUCCUUCACCUGCUGCGACUGUGGAGGGAGCAAAACAAGGACCAGGACAAGCUCUACGGCAUAAUACAAGGUGUGAACCACUGUGAGAGGAAGGUCUCUCGCUGCAACAAUCUGAAAAACCUGACCCUCGACGAGCUCAUGAAGGUGGCCAACAGUCUGCCAGGCGUGAGGGUUCAGGAGGAGGACGUCCGGGCGGUGGUCUCCACCUGCUCGCCCCGGCAGUACAUCCUGCAGCUGCUCCACCUCUGGAAAACGGCCAACAGCAACCUGGACCUCGCCAAAGGCCUCUCGCACAGCCUGAGGGUGCUGCGCACCCAGGGGGCGCCGCGCUACCUGCUCAAGGGCCUGAAGAAGAUCAACCGCAUCAUCGGGACCACCUCGGCACACAAAAUGUACGAGAAGAUGUUCGUGGGGAUGCUCCAGGACGAGUCGUGUUUUAAAGCUCACAAACCACUGAACGAAUGAGAGCUCCAAGAGGAGUGCGGACUGUCUGAAGAAUAAGCAAACACUAACGCAUUGACGGAUAGAGAACAGAAACACACACACACACACACACACACACACACACACACACACACACACACACACACACAAUCUCAAAGAUGGAUUUGUUCUAACCAGGAAAAGAUAUUUGUGUUUGGUAAUUCCUUUCUUUGUUAUUUCAGUGCUUCUUAGUGAGAAAUCAUGUGACUUUGGAAACCACCUCCACCCCCUCCACCCCCCUGUAAAGAGUGUGCAUUUGUGGGAUGAGCAGCAAAGCUAAGUAUGUGGGCUGCAGCUACUGGAAUUGCUUUAAAAUGUGUCUUUGCCACGAAUCGUUGAUACAAGAAGCAAAUAAUACACCAAAUACAAAUGUCUUUAAUUUUUAAUGCUAUUUUUCUGUCAAAGAGUUAAAGAGAUGGGUCACAUGACAUGAAUAUGGUGUCAAGCUAUGCAUACGGUGCAGAGGAGAGUUUAGCCUCCAGAGUGAGAAGGUUUAAAAUUGGAGAGUAAAUGCAACUUCUUAUGUCUUUCAUUUUUAGAUUUUCAUUCAAAACCUUGUGCGGAAUUGAGAAGACUUUAAUUUCAUCAAAAAGCAGUAGUGCCAACGUUGUUGCCAUCAGAUCCAAUGACAUAUCUGAGUCUAAUAGUUUUUUAAAAAUCCCAAACGAUCACGCCUUAUGUGCUCGCACACCUCAGUGCUCUGAAAAGAUGUAAACAGAAGGUUUUUAAAAAAGGGUUUUCUGGUAACUUUUGACCAGAGUCUGUGAAAAAUAGAAAAAAAAACUAUUUAAAUGUAAAUAGCACACUAUUUUAUGGAAGAAGGGCUAGCAGAUGUGUUUUUUUUUUUAUCGUCGCUUUCUCGCUGUUUGAGAGGAAGAAUUUGUUUUCAUAAUGAAAUACAUGUAUUUCCUCAGUUGUCCAUUGUUGCUUGGUUUGUUCUGGACUGCUGACAAGUAAAGCUCAUGUUUCUUUUUUUAAAUUGUCAAUUAUAUGAAUGUACAAAGGAGUGCAAUUGUUUUCUAUUUAAAAGUAAUUUCACUUUCUGAAAAUGUAAAGGGUUAUGUGUAUGACUUUAUUGGAAAUACUGGAUUUGAACGCUGCGAGUUCAUGAAGUGAUAUUUGUUUUUAUAUUUUGUUUUAUCCCUUUUAUAUUCUAAAUGUACGGUCUUUAUUGUAUAUAAGCCUUGUUCUCUUUAAGCUUGUGUAUCUUGUGAACAAUGAUGUCAAAUGAGCUGAUUAAACUAAGUUUGUACAACUUUUUUGUAUUUAUUAUGAAUAAGCAACAAAUAGAAACAGCAGUUCAG